AUGGUGGAGAAACCCCUGGUUGAUACUGUUGAAACUUUGGCCACAGUGGCAGCCUCUUCUUCAACGAGUAGUAUGGUCGACGAUAACCACAGUGUUGCCAUCAGCUCAGAAAAUGGUUCAGUGCAGGUUGGUUCUAACCAUCGUACUGACGAUAAACCUUCUAUAAACAGUAGUCUUCACGUUAAUAACGAUAGCAACGGGGCUGACGUAGACAAUCACCUUACCAUUGUUAUAAAGGAAGAGAUUCCAGACCCUGUCCUAAAGAAUGAUGAUUUAAUAAUAUCUACUGCACAGAAUGAACCAGCAGAAGGCGAUUUAGCGGACAGAACCCCACUGGAAUUAGUAACACCCUCAAUAGGCUGUGACACUUCUUCUACUUCUAGAAAUGCUGUUGGCAGCUAUGGUUUCUCCUCACACAAAUUCAAUACAAAUCUGGUAUCCACACCUGAAGACAAUUCUUCAGUUUACACCACUCCACAGACACAGCAUUGGUCUUCACGUCUCCAGGUAGCACCACAAGUUUCUUCAUCCAAGUUACACUCUUUGUCAAAUGUUUCUAUGUCUUCAAACAAUAUUCGUGUCCCAUCAUCUCUGACAUCACAACGGUCAUAUAACACUCAUGGUCCAUCUGAAAAAUCAAAUGGCAACGCAGUUUCUUCAUCACUUGUCCUGAACAAUUCUAUACCUGACACUUUGGCUUCCCUUUCAUCAAACUCAUUUGUUGUUCGGUCCCAUCCUCUUGUUACUGGGGGACCAUCGCUAACUCAUCUUAAUCAGGACAAUUCAGUUGGGCCAGGUGUGUCUCAUGUCAAACCUUCAAAUCGAGGUACUACCUCUGGGGGCAUCACACAGGCAGAUCUUUUACAACUUCAUUCCAGUUGGCUCAAAGUGGAAGCUAUCAUGUCUGUGGCUACAAAUGAGCUAACAAAAGGACAGUCUUGUUCAAAGCAUAUAAUUGCUGAUCAAAAAGAAUUCAUACUUCACACUGCAUGA